AAAACGAAACGUCGAGGGUAUUUUCGGAAUAUUAUUUUUUUCCUCAACAGUUACAGAACCCAAAAUAAUCCUCAUCUGUUUCUGCUUUUGUUUUCCUUAUUUGGUUUCAGUUCUUCUCUCGUUUUUAUGCUCUGAUUUUGUAUUCUCACUGCUUCAUCCUCGCCCAAAAUUUGUUCGCUUGAUUUUUUGUUUAAUAAAAGAACAGUUGAUAUAAAAGUGAGCAUACGUUUCAACUUUCAAGACGUGAACAUGUUGGGUUGGAUUAUUGUUUUAAGCGUUUUUUUCCCUUUUUUUGGCAAGACGUAGCGUUAGUGACUGCAAGUUUUGAUCAUAAUCAUGGGUUUAACUGAGCCAGAUCAUAGAGUUGUUCUGUUUAAUCUGCAAAGACGCAGUUGCUGAAGCUUUUGUGGUUUUGCCUUCUUCGUUCUUCCUGUUGUACGAGACAUGGGUGAAGCUAAAGAAGCUAGGAGCAGAGCAAUGAAAAAUCUUUCUCUACAAUUAGAUAAGUACCCGAGAGAUUUAUUGCAGAGAUUUACGUGUAACAAUACGCAGCAAUCCGAAUAUGCGACACUCAGUGAAGAUUCGGAAGAGAUUGAGCUAAAUCUUGGCCUCUCGCUAGGUGGUCGAUUCGGGGUCGACAAGAGCGCAAAGAAGCUAAUCCGGUCGUCCUCCAUAGCGGGAAUAAUACCGGUGGUUCGAGACGAUGAGUCGUUAGCUCCGAAGCCUCCAUCAUACCCCACACUCAUGAGGACCUCGUCGCUUCCGACGGAGACAGAGGAGUGGCGGAAAAGGAAGGAGCUGCAGACAUUGCGGCGAAUGGAGGCAAAGCGAAGGCGGUCGGAGAAGCAGAGGAGCUCCAAGGCAGAGAAAGUGGAGGAAAGGAAGGAAAGCGAGGGUCUAGCGGGGUUAAAUUUGAGAGAUAAGCAGCAAUCUACAACGGCCAAUAGGUUUAGUUCGACCGUGGCGUCGCCUUUGAGGAUUCCCACUUGGGCUUCGAUGGCGAGGGAUGCAGCGCUAGGCGCUAGGCCAAUAGGGUUUGGGCGCCUGACUUCGCAGCGGUCGUGCGAAUCGCAGGCGGGAUGCUCGUCGGGGAUGUCGGAAUUGGAGAAUAAAAAUCUUCAAGGAUCGGGCAGUUGUGGUGAAGCAAGAAGCCCUGCUGGUAAUCAGUCAUUACAGGAGCGAAGCAGUCAGGAGUCUGUAGGUUCUUUGGUGACAAAGACCGAGGAAAAUCCAUGCAGAACUUCCAUAGCAGAGAUGGAAAAUCCAUCAAAGAAACAUGAUUGUGCAGAAAAUAGAGGUAAAGAAAUUGGGAUCAUGAAUGCAAUGGAAGAUAUGCCAUGUGUUUUCACAAAAGGAGAUGGUCCUAAUGGUAGAAGAAUAGAAGGCAUUCUGUACAAGUAUGGGAAGGGAGAGGAUGUGAGGAUAAUGUGUGUAUGCCAUGGAAGCUUUCUCUCACCGGCAGAGUUUGUCAAGCAUGCUGGUGGUGGUGAUGUCGCUCACCCACUGAGGCAUAUAGUUGUAAACCCUUCCUCUGCUUCGCUUUCAUAAUGUUGGUUUUCCCGUCGCUCCUUCGGGAAAAGAAAAGAAAAAAGAAAAAAAAAGAAGAAGAAGAAAGGGAAUUGCUUGUGAGGUGAGGUGAGGUGAGGGUGAUGGGAGUUGUGAAAUACAACAAAUAGAAGACGAGAUACAACUAAUAUCGUUGCUCCAUAUUCAGACAAUUUCUCAAUAUGGUAUGGAAGAGAUUCUAAAUGCAUGUCUUUGUGGUCUUUUUGUUUUCAUCCCCUUCCCCUUCUCUCAUUUAUAUCAAAACCGAAGCGUGCAUGGGAAAUAUAGAAGGAAAAUGAGGAAUGUAAUUACCUGAGAUUACGGCCGCUGAUUUCCUUUAUUGUGCCAGUAGUGGACACUUGAAAGGUGUCCAGAAUUGCGAAAUAAUGUCAAGAAUAUCUCAGAAACGCCAUGGCUUGUUACUCCUAGCAA